CAUUUGGAGUGGCUAUCGCUCCGUCGGAAAGGCAGACACGCCACCUACCCAUUGCAUGAUUCGCUUUCCUUACUCGUCUUGUCCUUCAUUGCCCUUGUGUCGUAAUUAUCUAUUUCUUUCUUUUUCAAUUUUUUUUCUCCUCGUGAGUGAUUCCAUAAUCUCGUAAUACGCACGAUAUGGCUCCCAAAGACACCGAGCAGUCACGGCCUCCAGCCGUCCUCUCACAAGUUGAUUUUCACUCCAACCCGGGACCAAUGGAGUAUGCGGCGCCUGCACCAGGGCGAAUGUAUAUGCGCAAGAAGUUUGUCCUUUGCUUUGAUGGCACCGGCAACAAGUUCUCUGGCACUGAUGCAGACUCCAAUAUUCUUAAGAUCUAUCGCAUGCUUGACCGCAAUGGGGACGAUCAGUUUCAUUACUACCAGCCCGGCAUUGGAACCUAUGUUACAAAGGCUGAAGGCUCGAUAACGCGGACGAGCCGGGUCGAGAGAUUCAAGAGCUGGUAUGCGAAGGCGAAGGACAGCGCUAUUGGGACUUCGUUCGAUAUGCAUGUCAUGGCAGGAUACAGGUUUUUGAUGCGGUAUUACACACCCGGAGACGACAUAUACUUCUUCGGCUUCUCAAGAGGCGCCUAUACUGCGCGUUUUCUUGCUGAGAUGUUGGAUCAUGUCGGCCUCCUAUCGGCCGGAAACGAAGAGAUGUGCCAAUUUGCGUGGAAGACGUUCCAGAAGUGGCAAUGUCGACUGCCCGAAGGCAAAGAUACCGACCACAAAUCAGGAGAAAAGUCGGACAAGAAGAAGCUCCUAGAGUUCAUGUGCGCCUUCAGAGAAACAUUCAGUCGUCCAGUCCGCCCCAUUCGCUUCCUUGGCCUAUUCGACACAGUCAACAGCGUACCGCAUUUUGAAAAUGCCUGGAUGCAGCGCAGUAAGUUCCCGUACACUGCCCGGAGUAGUGCUCGGGUAAUCCGGCAUGCUGUUGCCAUCGAUGAGCGCCGUGCAAAGUUUCGACAAGAUCUCAUUAGUCAGGCGAAACCGGAUAAGUCAAUGUACUACAAACGUCAUCAUAAGCAUAAGCAUGUCAAUGACAUGUUUCAUGGACAAGGUACGGAUAGAGCGAACGAGAAGCGAGGAGAAGAAGAAAAUAGAGGCCGUCGCGAUACCUUAGCCCCACCCGAGCGGUUCAGAAACCCGCACGAUACGUCUGGAGUGCGCAGCAUGAGUCCUGGUUACUCGCAAUGUGAAAGCACCGGACCUGGUUCUGCUACACCCUCGGUGAUAUCGCUGGAUCCUAUGCAGACGUGGAAUUCAGACGAGGACGACGGGGAACAAGACAUACGGGAGGUUUGGUUCCCGGGCUGUCACGCUGACAUUGGCGGUGGCUGGCCCCUCGCUGGCGACGAUGCAGCGCUGAGCCACGUCCCCCUAGUGUGGAUGGUGCGAGAAGCGCAGAAAGCAGGCCUCGAAUUCGACGAAGACAAGCUAGAAGCCUUGCACUGCUGUCACGAGGACGUACAGGGCACAGCUGACCCUCGCCGCCCAACCGUCGUACCAACUAUCGAGAUCGACCCCGUCUCACCGCCACCAGUCUCAGAUGGCACAGAGCCGCACAGUCACGGCACAACAACGACAAAUGGUACAACCCGCGGCGCCCUCUCGAGUAACACAACAACGUCGACACCAACCACCACCUGGGUCGACGAAGACAACUUCGCCGAGCACCACCGCACCCACCCCAACACGCCGUUCCACAAGCACCUCCACAACGCAGCGACAAAAGGCCGCAUCCACGACGUCCUGCAGUUCAACAACGGCGCGCCCAGCACCAGCGUGAUAAGCUGGAACAUCAUGGAGUACCUCCCCUUCCGCCGCAUGGACCUGCAAGAAGACGGGACCUGGAAAGCCAUCACCUGGCCGCUGCCCAAAGGCGAGACGCGCGACAUGCCCACCUCGGCCACGGUCCACUGCUCCGUCAUCAAGCGCAUGCUCGCCGACCCCAGCUACCGACCCGGUAACUUGAUUGUCGGGGGUGGAGGCCGGGGCGUGCGGCGCGCGCCUGAGGAAUUGGGCAUGGGGAAGUGGGUCGUUGCGUGCGAGGAUGGACAUCAUGUUGGCGAGUGCUUUGUGCGGAAGGAGCCGCCGCUCAAGAAGAAGGCGGAUGAAGGUAGUGCCUGUCCGCCUAUUUUGUCUGGAGGCCUGCAGGGGAAUUAUUUCGCGGGGCGGGGGGAGAAGUAGGGAUGUCUUGAGGAUGGGGUCCAGUAAGCACGUUGGACAUCAAGUUUAUUUUUUCCGAUACCUUGACGAGCAAGUAAUACAAUUGUGAUUAUUUCUAUUUCCAUGUGGAUAACUGAAUCUCUCUUCCCCUCGUUCUCGCCGUCUUUACAACCAUAGCUCUUCCAAAUCGUGCAAGUAGAAUAAAAUAGAAUAAUCCUAUCCU